GUGCCCUCCAGAUAGAGUUGAGUGAGGAACAGGACCAGGGGAAAUAUGAAUGUGUUGCAACCAACAGCGACGGAACACGCUAUUCCACCCCCGCUAACCUAUACGUCAGAGAGCUCAGAGAAGUGCGCAGGGUUCCCCCCAGGUUCUCCGUCCCCCCAGCAGACAGUGAGAUAAUACCAGGAGGUGGAAUCAACAUCACGUGUGUGGCUGUGGGCUCCCCCAUGCCUUACGUCAAGUGGAUGUUAGGAACAGAGGAUCUCACCCCAGAGGACGACAUGCCUAUUGGACGGAACGUCUUAGAGCUGGGAGACAUACGCCAGUCUAACAACUACACCUGUGUUGCCAUGUCCACUCUGGGAGUGAUAGAGGCCAUGGCACAGAUCACCGUGAAAGCCCUGCCCAAGACCCCAGGUAACCCAGUGGUAACAGAGAGAACUGCCACCAGCAUCACUCUGACCUGGGACUCAGGUAACCCUGAACCUGUGUCCUACUACAUCAUCCAGCACCGUCCUAAAGGUUCAGAAGACAUCUAUAAGGAGAUAGACAGUAUAACAACUACCCGCUACAGUGUAGGAGGUCUCAGCCCGUACUCUCACUAUGACUUCCGGGUGGCGGCGGUCAACACCAUCGGUAGAGGUCCAGCCAGCGACUCUGUAGAGGCCAGAACAGCAGAACAGGCUCCGUCGUCACCACCACGACUGGUCAGAGGUCGUAUGCUGAGUACCACCACAGCUAUAAUACACUGGGAUGGACCUGAGGAGGCUAACGGGCAGGUGGUGGGAUACAGAGUCUACUAUACAGACGACAACACACUGCAAGUCAACCAGUGGGAGAAGCUGAUGGUUCGUGGUGUGAACUUCAUCACCAUCCAGAGUCUGACCCCUAAUAAGACCUAUUACAUCAGAGUCCUGGCCUUUACCUCUGUAGGAGACGGACCUCUCUCCCAGGACCUGCAGAUCAUAGCCAAGACUGGAGUUCCGUCCCAGCCGUCAGACUUCAAAGGAGAGGUCAAGUCAGAGACCAGUAUAUUGCUGUCAUGGGUAGCUCCUCCACAGACUGGGCCUGAAAACAUGAUCACUGGAUAUGAACUGGUCUACAGGAGGUCUGGUGACAACGAAGAGAAGAAGCUGAAUUUUGACCCUACCUCCUCCUACCUUAUAAAGAAUUUGAAGCCGUUCUCCUCCUACACCUUCCAGCUGGCAGCACGUAGCAAACACGGCAUCGGAGCGUAUACCAACGAGGUUACCACAGAUACACCACAGACACAACCCUCAGCCCCUCCCCAGGAGGUCACGUGCUCCAGCCCCAGCUCCACCAGCAUCCUGGUAAGUUGGGUUCCGCCCCUGGCGGAAUUCCAGAACGGAAACAUAACCGGAUAUUCCAUCCAGUAUUCUGUCACGGAAGGGGACAACAGGACUUCCCAGCAAGUCAGCCGAAUUCCACCGGAAAGCUCUUCGUACCUUCUGGAAAACCUGGAGAAAUGGACAGAGUAUGGAAUCACGGUCAGAGCCCUAACGGAAGCCGGAGAAGGACCAGAGAGUCUACAACUACUAGUACGCACCGAUGAAGAUGUUCCCAGUGGUCCUCCGCGUGACGUGGUGACGCAGGCGGUGAACUCGUCAGCAGUCAGGGUGGUGUGGCGGGCACCGGCCGUGGAGCAGCAACAUGGUCAGGUCAGAGGUUACCAGGUCCACUACGUCAAGAUGAACUAUGGAGAACCCACUGGACCCAACCUCAUCAAGGAUAUACUCAUAGACGACUCACAGUGGGAAUACAAUGAAUCAGCAGAAUAUGAGGUGGUUCUAGGGGAACUCCAGGCUGAUACUGCCUACUCUGUGUCUGUGGGGGCAUACACCGCCAAGGGAGACGGGGCACGGAGCAAAUCCCAAACUCUCUGCACUACCCUCCCACUCCCAGAAUGCCCCAGGCUCUCAGUAAGUCCCACCCCCACGGGCACGGCCCAGCUCCAGUGGCUGCCUCCACCCAACCCCCCUACACCUCUCCUGGGGUACCGUCUAACCUUCGGACGCCUGGAUGUCCUCCCCCUCACCGUGGUAGAAUUCCCCGCCAAGGAAAAGUCCUUCACUGCGCAGGAUAUCCACAAGGGGGCGUCGUACGUGUUCCGACUCUCCGCCCGGAAUAAGAUUGGAUACGGAGAGGAGGUAGUGAUCGAGGUGACCACUCCGGAAGACGUUCCUGGAGGAUACCCAGAAAAUAUCCUCUCUAAAGGCGCGUCGGCGUCUUCCAUACAGCUAGUUUGGAAGUCUGUCCCGCUUAUCGAACAAAACGGGAAGAUUGUGAAGUACUCGGUGCAGUACCGGGAUGUUAACGGUAGAGGUGGGAAUGCUACCGGGGAGGCGGUGGUGACGGUACCGGAAUCUAGCGUGACGUUGGAAGGGCUGAGCGCUGACACUGUGUAUGAUGUCAGAGUGUGUGCGUUCACGGCGGUAGGGGCGGGGCCGUAUAGUCCCGGCGUCCAGUUUAGGACGCAACCGCUGGAUGUGGAAGUGUUUGCUACUAACUUCAGAGUGAAGGCUGCCAUGAAGAACUCAGUCCUGCUGACCUGGGAGAUACGAGACAAAACACCCUCCCAGCCUUUUACGAUCCUGUAUGAUAAGGGUCAGAGUGUUGAGGUGGAUGGUAAACAGAACCAAAAGCUGAUAACAGGUCUGCAGCCGGAAACACAGUACUCCUUCCUGUUGACUAACCGUGGCAACAGUGCCGGAGGUCUACAGCACCGCGUAACCGUGACGACCGCCCCGGACGUGCUGCGCUCCAAACCCACGCUGGUGGGGAAGACCAACGCAGACGGGAUGGUGACGGUUCAACUACCGCCUGCACAGACCACCACUACUGUCAGGGGCUACUAUGUGGUGGUGGUUCCUCUGAAGAAACAGAGAGGAGGGAAGUUCUUGACGCCUGGUGACAACCCUGAUCAGAUGAACCUAGAUGAGCUCCUGAAAGAGAUCAACAGGACCAGUGUGAGCCAGGCGCUGCGUGUCCGUCGCCAGGUCCCGGCCAGCCAAUCAGAUCCCAGGGCCUAUGUUUCUGCCCACUUUAAGACCCUCCCCCAGGAGUUCACCCUCGGUGAUGGGAGGAGCUAUGGGGAGUUCCGGAACCGCCCCCUGCAAAACGGACAGGAAUAUGUGUUCUUCGUGCUGGCGCUGCUAGACCUGUCUAAUAAUACAAUGUAUUCAACCAGCCCCUACUCUGACCCCGUGACCUCCAAUGACGUGGACCCUCAACCAAUUGUAGACGAGGAGGAGGGGCUUCUGUGGGUGGUGGGGCCGGUAAUGGCUGUCAUCUUCAUCGUCUGCAUCGUCAUCGCCAUCCUGCUCUUCAAGAGUAAACCAGACAGGAAAAGAGCUGAGGCGGAGGGAAGGAAGGCUAGUUUCCCCUGCAGCAAGGCCAUGUCCUCUCACCAUCCUACAGAUCCUGUAGAGCUACGCAGAAUCAACUUCCAGACCCCAGGAAGUUACCGUGUGUCAGCUUUCCGCGGCUACAGACGAUUGUCAAGCAUGGCUAGUCACCCACCUGUCCCCAUCUCUGAGCUCGCUGAUCAUCUAGAAGGCCUGAAAGCCAACGACAACCUGAAGUUCUCUCAGGAGUAUGAGUCCAUUGACCCCGGACAGCAGUUCACCUGGGAGCAGUCUAACCUAGAGGUCAACAAGCCAAAGAACCGCUAUGCGAACGUGAUUGCCUACGACCACUCCAGGGUUCUACUGUCCAGCAUCGAGGGUAUCCCAGGCAGUGACUACAUCAAUGCUAACUACAUUGAUGGCUACCGUCGUCAGAACGCCUACAUCGCGACGCAGGGCUCUCUCCCCGAGACCUUCUGUGACUUCUGGAGACUGGUUUGGGAACAGCACACGGCCAACAUCAUAAUGAUGACCAAGCUAGAGGAGAAGUCCCGGGUAAAAUGUGAUCAGUACUGGCCUACCAGAGGAACAGAGACAUAUGGGCUGAUACAGGUUACUCUGCUGGACACUGUAGAGCUGGCUACAUACUCUGUUAGGACCUUCGCUCUCUACAAGAGUGGCUCCAAUGAGAAGCGUGAGAUUCGUCAGUUCCAGUUUACAGCCUGGCCGGACCACGGGGUCCCCGAACACCCCACCCCCUUCCUGGCCUUCCUACGCCGGGUCAAGGCCUGCAGCCCUCCAGACGCAGGACCCAUGGUCGUUCACUGCAGUGCUGGAGUGGGCCGGACUGGUUGUUUCAUCGUGAUUGACGCCAUGGUGGAGCGAAUCAAACACGAGAAGACAGUUGACAUCUACGGUCACGUGACCCUCAUGAGGUCCCAGCGGAACUACAUGGUGCAGACGGAGGAUCAGUACGCCUUUAUUCACGAUGCGCUGCUGGAAGCCGUCACCUGCGGCAACACUGAGGUUCCGGCGCGAAACCUUCACGCCUACAUCCAGAGGCUGACCCAGAUAGAACCAGCGGAGAACGUCACGGGCACAGAACUGGAGUUCAAGCGGUUGGCCAGUGCGAAGGCCCACACCUCCAGGUUUGUGAGUGCCAACCUGCCGUGUAACAAGUUCAAGAACCGUCUGGUGAACAUCAUGCCCUAUGAGUCCACCAGGGUCUGUCUGCAGCCAAUCAGAGGAGUGGAGGGGUCAGACUACAUCAACGGCAGCUUCAUAGACGGAUACAGGCAGCAGAGGGCUUAUAUAGCCACCCAGGGCCCGCUGGCUGAGACUACUGAGGACUACUGGAGAAUGUUGUGGGAACACAACUCUACCAUAGUGGUCAUGUUGACUAAACUGAGGGAGAUGGGAAGGGAGAAGUGCCAUCAGUACUGGCCAGCAGAGCGCUCAGCCAGGUACCAGUACUUUGUAGUGGACCCCAUGGCUGAGUACAACAUGCCCCAGUACAUCCUACGAGAGUUCAAAGUCACCGAUGCCAGGGACGGCCAGUCUCGGACGGUUCGUCAGUUCCAGUUCACUGAUUGGCCGGAGCAAGGAGUGCCAAAGUCAGGGGAGGGGUUCAUUGAUUUCAUUGGCCAGGUGCACAAAACUAAAGAGCAGUUUGGCCAGGACGGACCAAUCACGGUGCACUGUAGUGCUGGUGUGGGGAGGACAGGGGUCUUCAUCACUCUGAGUAUCGUUCUGGAGAGGAUGAGAUAUGAAGGAGUAGUGGACAUCUUCCAGACUGUCAAGAUGCUGCGAACACAGAGACCUGCUACAGUUCAAACUGAGGACCAGUACCAGUUCUGUUACCGGGCCGGUCUGGAGUAUCUGGGUAGCUUCGACCACUAUGCAACAUAAUCCCUCCCUCUGGCCGCGUCCCAAACAACACCCUAACUCCCUGUGUAGUGCACUACUUUAGACCACAGUGUAUUCUCACUUCUUUGGACCAGUGUGUACACUCAAAAGUAGUGCACUACUGGUUAGUGCACUACACAGGGAAUAGGGGCCAUUUGAGAUUAGGCCUCCAACACCUCCAGAGGGCAGGGCACCCAUGGCUCCACUCCUCCCCCAAAAUGAGCACCUAAACUGAGCCAUAUUUGCGUGUCUGACCUGGGGAUACCUCCAGACCCAACCCAAACACACUCACUACUCAGUCAGAAGUGCACUACGUUGCGCACUAUAUAGGGAAUAGGGCGCCAUUUUGGACGCAAACUGACACUACUUAACAAUGGAUUGAGGAUUCAAUGGAUUGAUAAUGGAACAAGUCUUUACAUGGUAAAGGAAGACAGUUAGAGAACUCACUUCAUUCACAAUGGAACAAGUCUUUACAUGGUAAAGGAAGACAGUUAGGGGAACAAGCAACACCCACUUAGAUAUGUACUAGACUGCAGUAGGAUGACAAACACAUCAUCAAAGCAACUUUGGAAAGUCCACUUUCUGUUUUCCGUCACAGAUUGAUUGAUUGGACAUUGUGGGGACGAUGCAGAGAGACUUUUGAGGAGUGGAAAAUUGCCAAUUUGAGGAGUGGAAACUGAAAGGAACAAACAGUAUUAAUGAAACGAGACACCUUGGAAUCAUGGAUCAUGAAAGACACCAGGAGGACUUUUCUUUGGGCCCGGAAUGUUGUUUCAGGUGAAUGAAGAAGGAGAGGAGGAGGAAGAGGAGGAGGAGGAAGAUAUUUCUACAGUAAUAAGUAAUAAUGAGCUCAAUUCAAUCAAAUCAGCAUUCCGGUAUUUACGCAGUAGUUGUUUAUUAUACCCAUGGUCAAAUGAUCAAAUGGCAUGACAGAAUGGUUAUGGGGGUGAUGGAAACACCUACCACUGCCGGGUAGACUCCACCACGGCCGGGUAGACUCCACCACGGCCGGGUAGACUCCACCACGGCCGGGUAGACUCCACCACGGCCGGGUAGACUCCACCACGGCCGGGUAGACUCCACCACGGCCGGGUAGACUCCACCACGGCCGGGUAGACUCCACCACGGCCGGGUAGACUCCUCCACGGCCGGGUAGACUCCUCCACGGCCGGGUAGACUCCACGGCCGGGUAGACUCCACGGCCGGGUAGACUCCACGGCCGGGUAGACUCCACGGCCGGGUAGACUCCACGGCCAGGUAGACUCCACGGCCAGGUAGACUCCACUGACAGGUAGACUCAAUGGCCAGGUAGACUCCAGGGCCAGGUAGACUCAAUGGCCAGGUAGACUCCACCGACAGGUAGACUCAAUGGCCAGGUAGACUCCACCGACAGGUAGACUCCAGGGCCAGGUAGACUCCACUGACAGGUAGACUCCACGGCCAGGUAGACUCCACGGCCAGGUAGACUCCACGGCCAGGUAGACUCCACGGCCAAGUAGACUCCACUGACAGGUAGACUCCACGGCCAGGUAGACUCCACAGCCAGGUAGACUCCACUAGCAGGUAGACUCCACUGCCAGGUAGACUCCACGGCCAGGUAGACUCCACUGACAGGUAGACUCCACUGCCAGGUAGACUCCACGGCCAGGUAGACUCCACUGCCAGGUAGACUCCACGGCCAGGUAGACUCCACGGCCAGGUAGACUCCACGGCCAGGUAGACUCCACGGCCAGGUAGACUCCACGGCCAGGUAGACUCCACUGACAGGUAGACUCCAGGGCCAGGUAGACUCCACUGACAGGUAGACUCCAGGGCCAGGUAGACUCCACGGCCAGGUAGACUCCAGGGCCAGGUAGACUCCACGGCCAGGUAGACUCCCCUGACAGGUAGACUCCACGGCCAGGUAGACUCCACUGACAGGUAGACUCCACGGCCAGGUAGACUCCACGGCCAGGUAGACUCCACGGCCAGGUAGACUCCCCUGACAGGUAGACUCCCCUGACAGGUAGACUCCCCGGCCAGGUAGACUCCACGGCCAGGUAGACUCCACGGCCAGGUAGACUCCACGGCCAGGUAGACUCCACUGACAGGUAGACUCCACUGACAGGUAGACUCCACAGACAGGUAGACUCCACGGCCAGGUAGACUCCCCUGACAGGUAGGCUCCACGGCCAGGUAGACUCCACGGCCAGGUAGACUCCACGGCCAGGUAGACUCCACGGCCAGGUAAACUCCACGGCCAGGUAGACUCCCCUGCCAGGUAGACUCCACGGCCAGGUAGACUCCCCUGCCAGGUAGACUCCCCUGCCAGGUAGACUCCACGGCCAGGUAGACUCCACGGCCAGGUAAACUCCACGGCCAGGUAGACUCCACGGCCAGGUAAACUCCACGGCCAGGUAGACUCCACGGCCAGGUAAACUCCACGGCCAGGUAGACUCCACUGACAGGUAGACUCCACGGCCAGGUAAACUCCACGGCCAGGUAGACUCCCCUGACAGGUAAACUCCACGGCCAGGUAGACUCCCCUGACAGGUAAACUCCACGGCCAGGUAGACUCCACGGCCAGGUAGACUCCCCUGACAGGUAGACUCCCCUGACAGGUAGACUCCACGGCCAGGUAAACUCCACGGCCAGGUAGACUCCACGGCCAGGUAGACUCCACGGCCAGGUAGACUCCACUGACAGGUAAAUGCUUCCAGCUCACAGAAGUGUGGCUACGUGAAGACACUGUGUAAACAUUUCUAAAUGCAUGUUUGAUUGAAUACCUGCCUGUGUGUCACUAUUGAAGAGGAAUUGGGAAAGUGGUUAAAAAUCCCCACAAAGUAUAAACAACAUCCAUCUCGUUUUGUAGUACUAUAUAGAUCUGUAACUAUCUUUUUGGUACUAUAUAGAUCUGUAACUAUCUUUUUGGUUUUUGUACAGACUUGUGACUUUGUCUCGUCCUACGAUGGCGACAAGGUUGCAACGAAUUUCUUUUGUAUUGUAGUUUUUUGUUAAAGCUGUGUUACUGUUAAAAACUGUGGUACUGUUUUAAUGUGUGCAAUCAAGCAAAGUCAAAUGGUUUACAGUUGACUUUACACCAUUAUCGAUGUGCCACUCACUCUUCUGUCAUGUUUGUGUUCCUGCAGUCUCUCUCUCUCUCUCUCUCUCUCUAUUUAACUCUAUCAAUCCUUACUGGGUUGCUGGACUCUUGUCUUCUCAUCAUCUCAUAAUCAGUGGGGCUAGGAGUAUUUCCUUUCCUGACCAUGUGACCUGACCAGGAGAAACUCUAAACUCCUAGCCCUAAUCCUCAGUACUUACUAAUCCUCAGUACCAAUACAUGGCAGCCAUUUUGACAUGGCGGCCAUUUUGAAUGAUCAGGUACCAGCUAAGUAUGAUUCUGCUGCUAUCAAAACACUCAACUUUUCCACCAGACAGUGAUGUAUACAGGUUAUACUAACCAGUGUAUACUACAGUGUACUACUGUAGAUACUAAACAGUGUAUACUACAGUGAAUUCCUGUGUAUACUAACCAGUGUAUACUAGUGUACUCCAGUGUAUACUAACCAGUGUAUACUACAGUGUACACUAACCAGUGUAUACUACAGUGUACACUAACCAGUGUAUACUACAUUCUAACGAGAAAGGCCCAGUUAUGACAGAAACACAGAUGUAUGCACAUAAAUUGCUAGAUAGAAGCAAAGUAUUUGUCCCAAUAAGCUUCACUAAGAGAUCUCUCAACGAGGAAGGAAAAGAGGAAUGGAUGGAGUGAAGGAGGGAGGGAUGGGGAAAGGAGGGAGCAGUGGGGAAAGG